AUGGCCAGCUCUCUGGCCGUUGGAGCUGGAAUCAGGCCUAUUCUCAAGGUCCCUGCUCCAGCGAUCCCGCAAGUCGUAGCCGGCUUCAUGGAAGAUAUCGAGCUCGAGACAUCUUCAGAGAGCGACUCCGAGUCUAAUACGGACACAUACUUCGGACUUCCCAAGGGGACCGCCUCAGAGCUAUCCGAAGCUUCUGAAAAUUUUACUGUCGAACCAGCCGAAUCAGGGAAGUUAGAGGAUGAUAUUUUCGAGUCUGGGGAUGAAGACUUGGCGACACAGCAGCCGAGUGUCCAAUCCGACGUCAUCUCGUCACAGGUCUCUGCCACUACCGAUGAUCGGGGGGGCCGAGCAGGCCUGGAGCGCCGUCAUUUUCAUGGGAAUGACUCAAGAAAGGUGAUUAAAGAGCUCAAGGGCAAUGCUAUCAGCCGGCAUCGCCGGCUCCGUCGCUUGAACCCUCGAGCCCUUGAGUAG